AUGGUGUUCGCAGUCGCAGCGUGGACUCCGUACCAGCGCAACGUGCAUGCGUUCAGCACGCGCUCGUCGACGCUCUCGGCGCUCUUAAGUCCGCACCGGUCCGAGAUGAGCGCGUCCUUCUCGAGCCCGACCGAGUCGCGCGCGGACCGCGUCGCGAAGGAGGCGAAAGCGCUCAAGAAGCGAACGCACCAGAUCGAGUGGGACGCGCGCACCGACUUUUUGAGCGGAACGUGGCUGCGCAAGAGCGCUACGACGACGAGCCUGCGCCGCCUCCGUGCACAUGCCGAGGCCGCGCUGCACAAGCGCGGGCUUGCGAUCCUCGACGCGGCCAACGACGCCAACUGGGAAGCUGCGCUGGCCACAGACAUUUUGUACCAAGUGUUGUCGCGGCAAGUGGCGUGGCUGCAAGCGAUUGCGGCGCACGUGAAGAAGCACGCGGGCACGACGUCGCUUCGCCGCCGGUCGGCCGAUGAUGCGUUCGCGCGCCGCAGCGACGACGUCAAGGCCGCGUUCCAGGACGACACGUACCUCGCGGCGCACGUCUCGAGCUUGUCGCUGCUACUGCAGGCGACGGCAACCCCCUUCCAUGCGAGCGACGACCCGUCCAACUUUGACUUUGCCUUUGAGAUGGUGCUGGUGACGUCGCAGUUUUACAAAACCGAGGUCGGACUGCGUCUCGAGCGCACGGCCAUUGCCGCGUUCAAGGACAUUUGCCAUCAUGUGGUGCCCCGGGCUACGUUCACGGCGCUCCACCGCGAGAUUUGCGCCCACUUGGCGACCGAGCACGGCGUGUCGGCGGUCGACCACACGCUCCGGCGCCUUGUGCGGCGACUGCUGUGCGGCCGACUCGGGGCUGCCUUCUACGCGCCUGCCGUCACCACGCUAGCGCAAGACCAAAGGCAGUUUGAUGCAAGCGUUGAGAGCGUGAGGCAGCUCUCGCUCACCGACGUCGGUCUCAUCGACGUUGGUGUGGCCCACGAUGAGAUCUCGCUGUGUCGAACGAUUGACGCGAUCGAAGAGCUCCCGGUGCUUUUGCCGGACGACAUGCUCCAGACGCUCAUGACCGCGAUCGCGACGCUUCAUGACGAAGUCGGUGACGCACUCGGCGUCACGUCAUCGCUGUGCCUCUCGGCCGACAUUGUGCUCCCGAUUCUGGUCUCGGUCUUAUCGAAUGCUCAGCUGCCGCUGCUGUACAUGCAGCUGCAUGCGAUGGAGGCCAUGGGUCUCGAAGACGCGUCGGUCGGUGGCGAAACGUCCUACUACGUGGCACUCUUGCAGGCCGCCGCGGCCGCCGUGGUCCAGCACGCGGCCUCGUAG